AUGAAUUGGGCUAGGAAGGGCUAUCGUUUGGCCCCUCAGCUGGUCGUGCGUUGGAGCUCCGGCUCCUGGAACUCACCGGGACCAUCUGCACGAUUUUCAAAUGGGACCUUGUCUGCGUCCAGAAUUUCCGCGCCGGCGCCUCAACAGCCUCGACCCGAGCACACGAAACGAGGUGAAUUUGAUUCAUUGCGGCCCAUGGAUCUUCCUGUGGCUUUCGUCAAUCUGAGAGCAACGACAGACCAACUUCAGAUUGGCAUGGGGCAAACGUCUUUGUGGGCUACUGUAUACGUCUCGGCUGAUGUCAGUCCAACUCCCUUUCCAGGAGCCUCGAGUAUUGCACCGCUGGAUAUAAUGAUUCUUCUCGACAGCUUGGCACAACCAUCUAUCACCCUUUUGACUCAGGUCACUGUCGGGACUUCUGUUCUCGUUUCACACUUAUCCCACAGCCAUGACCGAUUCGCCCUAGCAUACAUCGAUCAAAACUCCAAACAUGGAUUUGAAAUGUUAUUGCCAUUGGGCUUUCAUGCCAUAGGGGCUGUUCGAUCUGCGCUUAAUAUAUUCUCCAGCCGCCAGCUUGCUGCACAUCAAAAAGCCUCUCUUGACAUUGGAAAUGUGGUUCAGGGCGCCUCUGAGAUAUUCUCCCGUUCACCUCGAGCUGCAUUUUGUCAUAUAUUCUUUGUGUCAGCGACGCCGCCAGACCACUUGUUAAUACCUUGGAUUGACCCAGCAAUUGGAUUUCACACCAUCACCCCCCAGACAUGCUUACCACUCGACAAUGCAAACUCACAAUUGGGGUGGCAUAUCUCUUACACUGUCGGCGCUUGUGAUGCUGGGCCUAGAGAAACUCAUUUUAUACGCAGAAUCUUGAGAGUCAUUCGGCAGCUUCGCACCGGUAUAAAUCCUGGCUGUGUUAUAGACUUGAAAUUGUCGGUUACCCCUGGUGACGGGUGUCAGAUUCAGUCUGUUAUUGAGGAUUGCAGGCUUAUCUCCCUUAGACCUGGGGAAACUUGGAGCAUCCCCGUGCAGAUUUGUGUCCCAGCUGUGGUUGACUAUCCAUCCGAGACUCAACAAAGCUCUCCAUUUUAUGAACACCCGUUCAUCGAAGAAAUGAUGGCCCAGAUAAACGCUUUACUAUGUGAAUAUUCAUCCAACGAGCUAUUUCAGCAUCUACUUACAGUUCAUGUGGAGUAUCAACAUUCUCUGCUCCCAGUGCCCACAACAAUCAAUGUGGAGAACCACCUUACAAUUACUCGGCAAAACUACAAGACUCUGAGUGAUCCUCAAUCUUCUGAACUUAGCAUGGGGAGUUUCUCACAAGACUCUGACUUCAGUUUCAGCCAGCACUCAACGGACAGCUCUUAA